CCACUGCCGCCGAUGGUAGUUCUCAGCCCUUGCGCCGCCUGUAAGAUCCUUCGCCGAAGAUGCGUCGAUGAGUGUGUUUUAGCGCCUUAUUUUCCUCCCACUGAGCCACUCAAGUUCGCCGCUGUGCAUAGAAUAUUUGGAGCCAGCAACGUAAUUAAGUUUCUGCAGGAACUUCCAGGGAACCAGAGAGCAGAUGCUACGAGCAGUUUAGUAUAUGAAGCGAACGCUAGGAUUCGAGACCCGGUCUAUGGUUGCACUGGUUCAAUCUUUCAGCUGCAAAAUCAAGUGAGCGAGCUCCAAGCGCAACUAGCCCUGGCUAAGGCUGAGGUUCACAAGAUGCAAGCUCAAAAUGCAAAUUUGUUAGCCCUAAUAUGCACGGAAACAAGUCAAGUUCAAGUGGAAGGUCGAGAAGUCCCAGUCUUGCGCCAAGACCACUUUCCAUUUACUGAUUUAAACAGUAUUCCACAUAAUUACAAAUCUUCCAAUAUUGUUUGGGACUCCUCAUGGACUUCAUCAUCGUUCUAA